GUGCACCGUGUGCCUUUGCUAAGGCUGUGGAUUAAGUUGUAACAUUUUAAUGUGUUUGGAAAACAUAAAAGUGCAUCAGUUAUUUGAGUUUGUUUAAACUUUGAAAAGUGAAUUGAAAAAGGAAGGGAGUGAGAAAAGUCUAAAAAGAGGAUUAAGUUGAUAUAUUGGAAGCAGAGAAACCAAAAAGGAGAUACAGACUGUGAGUCACGCUGCGGCUCCGCGAAAAGUCGUCCCCGUGAUGGACCAAACUCCAGACACAGCCAAGAAGCCAAAGUCAAAAUGGACCCUGGGCAGCUUAUUCAGAAGGCGCGCCAGCACCAAGCACCAGCAGGAGGCUUCGGCGAGCAGCUCUGAGGAUGAGAAAAAGCCGCAACAACGCAGUUUCCUCAGCCACAGGCGCUCCAACAAAAAGAGAUCGGACAGAAAAGCGGAAAAGAGUGCAAAAAUAAAAAUAGAGCAGCAGCCAUGGAGCGGCUCGGCCAACUCUCUUGCCGGGUCGUCGGAAGGGUUUGGGUCACACAGCAGUCUGACGAGACGAGACCGAAGGGAGCUGGUUAAGGCGCGCGUAGAGGCGACUAGGCGCGACUCCAGCUCCGACGAAAACGAUUUCACCCUUCGCCAAUCCAGCAGUCUGACGAGAUUCAAGAGCGACGAAAGUUUAUCCAGCUUGAAUCGAAGGACACGGGCUGCCCGGACGGAGCGGUAUAAAAAAAGAUUGGAAAAGUCCUCCGAGCCGACCAACCUGCACCACUCGGGCAGUGCCACUUGGAACGCCACUGUGGUCAGCUAUAGAGAGACUUCGCCCUUUGUCAGGGCAGUUUCAGCUACCCCUAGUCCACUUGUCAGCCCUAAAAUGUCUCACAGGCCAUUGCCACCCCAAAUGAUGUCUCCGCCAAGGGUAAGGCGGAGUUACUGCUGCGAAGCGCCGCCCUUCAUGCCACCCCGAAGUACGGCCACCCCGCAGAUGUAUGCAACCAGUGCUUUCAUCCCCUUCAGCCCCAAACAGGCACCGCCACCACCCCCUCGGGAUCCUCUGCGGAAAUUCAUGGGCACGCCACAGCAAUAUGUCAACGUCGAAGCAAAACCCGUCUACCGGUCAAGGUCUGACCACCAGCUCCCUCAGGGGGACCACCUCAACGCAAAAAUAUUUCCCUCCUCUUCGCAGACCCAUUUUAAGUACCUGGCCGAUCGCACCCCUCGCAGUAGGAGACCCAUCCAUGUGAUUCCUGUUCACGAACAGAGCCCCGAGUGCAUUCUGCCCACUCCUCCUACGUGGCUGAACGAGCCACCAACACCGGCCAAAAAGUCCACCAGCCCUCCCAUCAGAAGGGUCAGCAGUAUAGAGGUGACCCUGAGGACCCCAACAAAAACGCCGCCACCACCACCAGUCAGAAGGUACUCGAGACAAGGGUCUGUGUCUAGCGUUGAGGAUGAGGUGCUUAAAGCGCCAGCCAAGGUCGCCUCCUCUUCUACCAACCUUGAGGAGGCCUUGAACGAACUGGAGGAGAUUUACCAAAGUCUGCAGUUGGGUGACGAGGACCUUCUGGACAGGGCCGAAAGGCGAGAUUUGCCAACAGCAUUCCAGUUGAGAAGAGGCGCCUCCUCAGAUGUCCCGGACGAUAUGGUUAUUUUGAGAAGUUCGGCCAGAGCUCCUCCUCUGCGUCGCUCAGGAGUCCCCGAUUUGGUUAACGAUGACAUGGCCUUUCGGAGACUGAACAAUCCGACGACCGGGCCUCCUUCCAAGGACAGAACGUCAGGCAGUUAUCUUCUCGUUUCUCCGGCGCUCUCACCCAUUCCAGUGCAAACCUUUGACCCUGAGGAGCCAAACACAACGUUCGACGACAUGUCGUAUCGGGCAAUAAAAGAUGCAAAUCUUUUCAGCAGCAAAGUGCUCGACCCCCAACCUCCGUUUGGCAUUCCACUCGCACCGGCACCGCCUGCUUCCAAUAAUGAUUAUUUGCACGUGAAACCCACAGACAAAUACAGGCCAACAUUUCGGCCCCGAAAGACUCCAGACGUGGUGAGCGACGAUCUUGCUUUUCGCAAUUUGAGAAAAGAUAACAAUAAAAUGGGUGACUUGAAGCAAAAACGAGCAGUGCGAUCUCUUUCAGCCAAUUUAAUGAAUUUAAUGGAGCAGAGAGAGGAAAUCGAAAAAACUCAAAGUUUAGGCAACCUGCCAGAAACGUUACAGGUGCUGUUUGAAGGCACGGAAAUGCGCACUUCCCCCGGCAGCCGGCCACCCCCUAGUUGGAUUGAAAGAGCGCACUUGAUGGACACAAGUACCGAAACUUUGACUCAGAGCAGGGCAAAUUUGCGAAGUCUGAGGAAUAGCUUUUUAACUUCCGAGGCCGAAUCGCGUCCUCUUUCCCUAUUCAUGCCUGCAAACCAAAUUUCCCCAAUUAAGGAAGUAGUCUCGUCCGUUCCCAAUUCCGCCUCCACCGAGUACUCUGAGCCCUUUGAUGAGGAAAAACUGGAAGAACUGCUUUCAGCUUUGGCGCAGGAGGCCCAAGACACGAGCGAACGGCUCGGAAAAGAGCUGGAGCGUUUGCGAGACGGUUCUCAUUCGGUGGAAGAUCUCACAAAGUCGCCCACUUUGUUCCAAGGUAAAAAGAGUGUCGAAAUUAAGUUUGAGCCUGUGGCGUCCCUGAAUGCUCCGUCUAGUUAUAUGCCUGUGUAUAAUCAAACAGAGAGUGAAAUUAACACAACUAAAUCACUGCAUGAGGAUGUUAAUAACAACCAAAAAACACAAAUAGAGACUGAAAAUGCGCCAAAUUCUUUAACCAGCUCUGAGCCUGAUGAAAUUAAUGUAAAUUUGGAAGAAAUCAAGCUCACCAGCUCGCAGUUUUCCCCAGAAAGAAAUAAAUCUGAAAGUCCCAGCAGGUCGAGAACAAUUUCUGCGCAGAGCGAGUUGUGCACCAUUGCUGAAGAGUGCCAUUUAGAGGAAGAGGUUGAGGAAAAUUCAAAUGAAGUCACAGAUUUUCAAGAGACCGAUUUUGAAUAUUAUCCUGCGGAGGAGCAGUGUGUAGAACAGGAAUCGGCCAUUUCAAUUGAAUUGCCAAGCAGCUCAGAAAAUAUUUUAAUUGAUGAGGAGGUUGAUGCAAAAAUAUUGAGCGAAUUAGUGCCUGAUAUAAUUGGCGGCCAUACGCAAAUUGCAGAGCCCGAGUUUUUUGACGAGUCUUCUGCAGAGGAGGACGACCAAGUUUUUGAAGACCCGUGUUCCAAAUUUGGGAUCCCAAAAUUGAACUUUGAAAAUCUGAACGAAAACGAAAACGCCGAGUAUGAGGAGGAAGACUUUGAAACAAUAUUUAACGAAAGUUUCAGUGACGAUAAAAAAGAUGAAGCGGUGCUAGAAUUUGAAAAUUUGUCUAGUUGCAUAUCUCUUGAAUGUACUAAAACAGCCUUAAAUUGUGAGCUUGUCCGUGUGCCUAGUGAAAACAGCUCAUUGUGCCUUUUAAGUGACUCUUCCUCUUUGCUUGCGUUAAACGACUCGAACUCGAAGUUAAGUGAAACGAUUUCGGACACUUCCGUCAACGUGCCGGACCCGGUGCUCGUUUCGCCCGAAAGUCUUUCUCAGUCGAGUGUGCCGGAUAUUUUGCAAUCAACCGAGAUAGAUAAUUUAAAUAGUGACGCCACACUAAGUGCAGGCUCGCGUUGCAGUCCGGAACUGGGCGACGAACAGGAGGACAUAAAGAGGGACGACGUGGAGGAGGUCGAGCAGUUCAGUCUGACCGACCACUCGAGCCUUUUGCUCCCUUUGCUGCAGAUGGCCAGACAGGAAACAAAAAAGUCGAGCUCAACUUUCCAACGCACUGUUGAAAAACUUGACGCUCUGAUCGCCGCGGCCAGCACGGACAUGGACGAUGCUCCUUGCGACUUUGAGAACAACAACUGCAAGGGCAGCAAGGACGACUUGGAGGAGGCGCCGGCUCCAGACGAACAGGAGGCAGCAGGCCACCGAAGUCCGUCCAUUCGAAAUGUAUUCCAAGUAGCAGAACCCUGCGUCGAAGCAAUGAACUCCCAGAUCAAGGCAAGGGAAAGAAUCAGACUGGCGUCGAUCAAUUCGAACGGCAGCCCGAAAAUCGAUAAGGCCAACUCAACGUCUCCGUCCAGCUCUGGGCUGGAAAAUGUGGACAAGAGUCCAACAAAGAGGAUUCAGAGAAAAACCUCUGAGAUUGUGGCGCCGAUCCGAACGACGCGAACGUCCAGACUGAGAGCAGCAGCUGCAAAUGCUUCGUCACCGUCCAGCGAGUCAGCAUUGUCAGAUAGCAAGCCAGUGGUGGCUAGAACUAGAAGCAUCACCACUAAGAAGCUGCAAGUUGACUACCCAGACUCAAGUUCCUCCAGCAGAGAGGGAACACCUUUUAGCAAAAGUGUAAUUAGCAAGCCUGAUGAGAGAGACAAGAGUGCCAAACGGAAAUCAAGCCUCAAUAGAGGGCAUGCAACUGAAAAGACUGGACCCUUGAGCAGUGGUGAAUCAACUACAGAUGAAAGCAGCAGCAGCAGACUGAGAAAUAGAAUGGCACCCUCUCCUAGAUCUGCUGCAACUUGCAGGACGCUCAGAAACACAACCAACCCGCCGUCCUUGAACCAGAAUCACAAGGCCAUCAAUGAUCUUCAAAAAGUAGCAAGCCAAUCGAAAAAAAGAGAAGACAAGGCCGAGCUAUCAAAACGUGUGGACAGUUUGUUGGCCAAGGCAAAGGAAGGAGAUGCAAGACUGGACAAACUGGAAGCUCGCAAGGCCAACAAGAACAGGGCAGCUCCACCCAAUAGGAAAAUAGUGCAUUCAGCAACAAAGGAAAAUGAGAAGAAUGCAGAAAAGGCUAGAGCAAAAGAUCACGAAGAAGACAAAACGUUGGACGACGAAGCGCCAAAGAAAAUAUUGGCUCCGAAUAAUUUGUCUGAAAAGAGCAGCUCGACCAACAGUGCUUUUAAGGCUGUUUCUGGCAAUGAGAGAAAGACUUCGAUUUUAAAGAAAAAAUCUGUUGAUGAAUCAUCAGGCCCAAUAUCAAUUUUAAAACAUGAGAUCCCUGUGGUUCAGUCUGUUCCAACCAAGGCGCCGUCGUCAAAGCCGCAGAGUAUUCUGAAGAAAAAGUCCAGCCUUGAAGAGCAGUCCUGUGAAGACAGGAGUGGUGAGGAGUUGGACGACGAGCCUCAAAGUAUUCUGAAGCGGAACACCUCAUCUAAAAGUAAAAUGCACACCAUUUUAAAGAAAAAGAGCUCAGAAGAAUUAUUGCCAGACGAAUUCGUUGAACCAAGACCUAUUCUAAAGAAAAGGCCUAGCACCGAAGAUGAAAUGCUUUCAUCGAAUGAAGCAGAUAAACCAAGGCCAAUCCUCAAGAGCGGCCGCAGGUCUGCAGAAGGAGAUGAGUCUAAUUACUCUUCGGCAACCUCCAGUCCUGUCAGAAGAAGCCCGUCUGUGAACGUGGAAGAAGGCGUUAUCAGAAAUCAAGUUAACCUGACGCUAAGGUUCAAUCAACCUGAGCACGAACCAACGCCUAUUCCUGCGGAAAGUGCCUGCUUGAGUGCCUCUGAAGAUGAAAACUCCAGACCAAGGCCAAGUGUCAGUGAACGAGCUCAACUAUUCAUGAGGCUCCAAGAGAUGCACAAGUACCCAUCCAAUGACACUCCAACAGCUUUGAGAGCCACUGACGACUUGCCUGCAACCAUCACCACAAGAAGAGAAAGAGCCAGGAGGUUCUCAACACAGCCUGUCACCUCUGAGGAAGUAGAUGAGGCCAAGAGCCAAAUCAGUAAUCCUCCGGAACCCUCUGUUUCUAUUCCCACUCCUGUGUCACCAACCGGCGACUCGGAUGAAGACGAGGAUGAGCCGUCAAGCCUGACGUUGGCGGAAAGAGUGCGUCUUUUCACGCAGAAAAUUGAGCAGCAGAGGCGUCAGCCAAAGGAAGACCAGGUGGUUCAGAAGAGGACAGUCAGAAGACAGGUCACUUCAACCCGUUUCCGAACUUUGCCUGUCACAGAUGCUGAGGUUGAGGUGUUUUCAAACACCCUUGGCAGUCACACUCAGCCACCUGGCUUAGAUGAUUUGGUUGCUAAAGCUGUUAGAGAAUCUACUCCAUCGGAAGCAAGUGACGUUGAUCAAAGGCCAAAAGGCAUUUUGAAACAUGGAUAUUCAUUUGGAAGCAGCUCUUACCCUCCGAGCAUUGAAGUUCCGACACAGCCAUCAGAAGAUACAGACAUUGUCCGUGGAAUCCUCAAGAUUCCUGCGUCUGUAAUUGCGAAUGCUCUCGGCAGUCAGCAGCAACCAUCACAAAGUUCUGCUUUCAAGAGCGCCCUGAAGAAAGACUCGAGUUCGGAGGAAAAGUGCAACCUGUCUCCAGCUCGGAGCAUUCUGAAAAGUGGCAAGCCUGAAGAGUGGACGGAAUCUUCUUCCGAGGAGGAAAUCAACUCUGGAGAAAUCAGGGAAAACCUGGCCAGCAUCCUGAAUGAUGUGGCAACUCAAGCCAAGGAAGAGAAGAGCCUCCUGUCCUCGGACACUGAAUGCGACACCUCCUCAUCAGGUGGACGUGAAAUUAAAAACAUAAUCAGCAGUGCCAUCGAAUAUCGAGACACCGUGGCGACGUUGACGGCCACCGCGGCCGCUGUGCACCAGCAGCAAGGCGUGGCUCCAGAGCAGGAGCCCAAGCAGCGCGCCUCGAGUGCGGAGGAGGCUUCGUCAUGGGCACCACAACCCCCGUCAGAGUCGCCCAAGGUGGUCAAGAAAUUUGAGGCAGUCAUCAAAGCGGCCGAAAAUGGCCACACCAAGAAAGAAACAAUUUGUGUCACCAGUGCCACAAAAAUGAGCAUUGCAGAGAGGCUGGCCUUGCUGAAGCAGAGCGGCGAGACGGAAUGGAAGAAGCGUGUCCCUCGCGCCUCCCCCGUCGAGGAACGGGCGUCCAACGGCAACAACGACACCAACAACUACAAGCCGUUGCAACAAUCAAAGUCGAUGCCUGGGUCAACGCGUGGAAUUUUGGCCGAGAAAUUAAAUCAGCUGGACGAAGCCUCCAGCGACUGGAAAAAGAGAGUGGCCCCAAAGGACGCGGGUGAUUUUUCAGUAGCAGGGCGAAUGGGAGUAGAUGGAGCAACAGCCAGUCCCUUCAUGUCUCCAGCCAGAGAAAAGAGAACUCCAAAACCAGCCAGAUUCAAAAGCAAAAAAGAUCGGAACAAUCGAACGUCCUCCAAGGAAUCGGACGGUGGUGACUCGUCUACCCCUGAGUCUCCUGUCAAGGAGGUAACGCUGACCCUCAAGCCCCCAGCUUUGGCCAGAAGCGUCUCGGCGCCUGAUGCCCAGCCUGUGGUCAAGGUGCCCUCCAUGACAGACCAUUUGGACCAAUUCUUCACAAGCACUGCCGAAUCCAUCACUAUUGAAGCCGAAGACUUGCAAAUUGAAACUCUGCCCGAUGCCCAGCAGCACACUUUACUAGUAAGCCAUAGAAAAACAGUACAAGUACAGAAGAGGCGGAACGCAACUCGCAACCCUCUAAAGACCUUGGCCGCCAGAACUGACAUUGUGCAAGAGUACCAGGAGUUCCGCACCGGAGCUGCAGAGAGAGAAAUAAAGAGACUGAACGUAGAAAAACUGGCUAAAAACUCAAAUCUUGCCGUCGAGGCCUUGGCCGGACUGGCUAGCAAGGAAGACUUCACUGCUGUCAAUUUGAAAAAGGCCUCUGGGGAGCCUGUGGGCACCCUGCUGCCCUUUAGGGACCUGAUGUUGUUGCAGGUGAAAGGCAGGCGCCAUGUUCAAACAAGACUGGUAGAGCCAGUGGCCAGCAAAGUCAACCAGGGCGACUCAUUUGUUCUCGUCACUCCUACUGCUGUUUACAACUGGCUUGGAAAGUUUUCCAACAUAAUUGAAAGGACUAGGAGUGCUGAAAUCGCCCUUCAAAUUUCACAACGCAAAGACCUAGGUUGUCUAAAGGCAGCUGGAAAUGUUUUUACCAUUGACGAGGCAAAAAAUCUUGGCUCUCAGACUCACAAAAAAGCAUUCUGGAAGCUGAUUGGAGUUGAAGAUGGCAUUGGAGAAGCAAUGAAAGCAGGUCAUCCAGAUGAGGAUGAAGAGUAUGAAAAUCUCAUCUCUGAAACAAACAAAAUCUGGACUGUGGAAGGUGACGAACUGAUCCCUGUUGACAAAUACUGGGGAUCUAUCCCCAAAAUCGAGGUCCUAGAUCCUAAUAAAGUUGUCAUCUUCGACUUUGGCUCUGAGCUGUACAUCUGGAAUGGCAAGAAUGCCACUGUGGAUGUUCGAAAAUUUGCUGCCGAAUUUGUCCAGGAUGAUUUGUGGGACUCUAUUGACUACUCCGACUGCGACAUAAGCCCCGUUGGUGACCUCAGUGCCAAACUUAGACCUGAAUGGGCUAUUUUGGGUAAACUCAGUCAGCACAUGGAGACUGCUUUGUUCAGAGAAAAGUUCCUUGACUGGCCUGAGUUCAGCAGAAUCAUCAAAGUUAAGAGCAAGGGUGGCACCGAAGUUGAUGGUUCGAUCGAAAUUCUGCCCUGUGAUGCCAAGGAAAUGGCCAGAGAGGAAUGGAGAGAGCCUGACUUUGAGCUUGAAGGCAGCCAUAUUGGCAGAGGAGAACAUUAUUUUGAUUCAGAGACUCGGCGCCACUUUGAAAUAGCAACAACUGCUGUUGAAGUCUGGCAUGUGGAUGAGUUCGAGUACCAUGAAGUACCAGAGGUCUCCUUUGGUCAAUUCCACGAAGGGGACAGCUACGUCGUUCGCUGGAGCUACUCCAUCACAGUGAGUGGAAGAGAGCUCAGCGGCGCUCCGUCCAAACAUGGAACUGUCGGACGCAAUCGAUGUGCCUACUUUUUCUGGCAAGGAUCUCAGUCAAGCCUCAACGAACAGGGAGCAGCUGCUCUUCUUACUGUUGAGCUUGAUAAGGAAGAAGGACCUCAGGUAAGGGUAGUGCAAGGGUCAGAACUUGCUGUGUUCAGAGGCCUCUUCAACGGCCACAUGGCAAUCCACCAGGGACGCCGUCAAGAACAAGAGCCUGCCAAGUGGCGAUUGUUUGUAACCCUGACAGGUGCUGUGGACAAAGAGACGUGUCUGCUGGAAGUGGCUCCGAGUGUGCGGCAAUUGAGAUCGCGCAGCUCUUUGCUCUUGGUCGAGAUCAGUUCGAGCAAGGUCUUAGUUUGGCAUGGCAACCAGUCUCACAAGAAGAUGAGGGCAGCAGCCAUAAAUGCAGCCAAGGACAUUCACAAGAGGCCAGAGUUUGGGCUUAAGAAGGAAGCUUUGAUUGAAGAAAUUGAAGAGGGAGAGGAGCACAGUGAAUUUUUCAAAGGUCUUGGAGGCAACAACACCAAUUUAUAUCACAGCUUACCGAAUGCCGAGUGCCCUCCCGAGCUGAAACUUUUCCAUUUUUCUUCUGCCUCUGGAGCAUUCACAGUGCAGCAGUUGCUCAGUCAAACGAGGACCAAGGAGCCGUGCGAGGCUUUUCCAUUUGUCCAACGAGACCUUUACGAACUGAGUCAGCCGGCUCUGGUCCUUGUUGACGCUGGAGUCACUCUGUGGCUGUGGCAAGGCUGGUGGCCUCAGGAGGAUGGUGGUGAUGACUGCACUGGUUCGGGAGCCAUCAGGUGGCAGGCCGAGCGGAGAGCGGCCAUGCAAACGGCCGUCAACUACUGGCAGGCCACCAGAGGCGACGCUCCGUUGAACGCCAACCUUGUUUGGGCAGGCUUGGAGAGCUUCGAGUUCACAAACCUGUUUCCAGACUGGAAAAAUCACGAUGAUGCAACUGAGAGCAAUAUGAAGGAUGGAAGAAAGCCUGGUGAAACCUUGAGCGUCGAAGAGGAAUUGGCGCGACUGACUCAAUCAACUUACCCUCCAGCCCAACUUUUGCAACGUCCAUUGCCUGACGGAGUUGAUCCGACCAAACUGGAAGAGUACCUAGCCCCUGAGCAUUUCGAGGAAUUGCUGGGAAUGUCAAAAGAAGAUUUUUGCGAGCUGCCAACGUGGAAGCAAACCAAUCUGAAGAAACAAGUCGGCCUUUUCUAAAUGUUACUCAAGUUAAGUUUUCUCAUCAGAAGUGCCAAUGCAGAAGAACUGAAUAUUAUCUACCGCCUCCAGUUUUGUUUCCUUGAUCUUUGCCUAACAAGUCGAGUGCUUUUUGUGAUUCAAAGUCUGUGAUUUUGCAUUUUGUCUCUGUUGGAUGGUCUAAAAAACCAGAGGCAAACACCAAGGGAGAAGGAAAACGUCUGCUGCUUUGAAACAAAAUCAUCACAAACAAAAACAAAAUUGCUCUCUCAGCCUAAAUGUAAUUUCCUAUGUAUACUUGCACGGAAGAAAACGCUGGCCUAUUACACAUAAUUGUAUUUUCUAACACAAGGAGGAGAGUUAUAAUGAACAAAAAAAAUUAAUAUGAGAAUUUCCACAUUGCUCGACUUUAACCAUAUUAGUAGAUAAUAUUCUAAAUUAUGAUUGUCCUGCUACAUUAUUAUAUAUUUUAUUAAAAUGGAAAGAAAACCACACAA